GCCUCUUGAUUGCACCAGGUGAUAGAGCCGUCUGCGUCUUCACCCUGCAGCGAUGUUCCCGUAGCAUGCUUCAAUGCCUGCAUAUUUAUUACCCUAAAUCACAAAGAUGGGCUGCAACAGAGAUGAAGGUGUCCCGUCAUCAUUUGACUGCAAUGCAUGUGGAUUCGCCUGGUUUACUCUAAUUAAAGUCUGGUUGUUUGGGUGAUGGAUCUACAUUUUGGAGCAAACAGGAGGAAACUGUUGCUUUAAUUCUUCAAUAGCAAUUCAAGUGUGAAAACAUUGUAAACAUAUUAUUAUUGAUUAAAGGGCUUAAUGUCAUUCAUUUUACCAGUGCAAUGAAAUCACUAGUAUUUAAGGCUCUUCCUGGAAUGUCUUUAGUAUGUGAGAAGCAAUUGUUUCUUAUUUCAUGGUGACCAUCAACUAAAGGUCAAAGUUCAUCCUUGUUUUUUUUAUUUACAGCCACAGUACAACACUGUACAUGAGCAACAAACAUGGCCGUGUGAAAGCAUCUGUUGUACACAGGCUUUACAUGACAAUAGUGUCCUUUUUUUUUUCUUUCUUUCUUUCUUUCAGGCGAGGAACCGGCACAUGGCAGCGGGCGACCUUGGACAGCCUCGAACGUCUCACGGGAGGACGGAUGACCUUCAUUCUCCAGUAAGACCGCGUGCCAUUGGCUGGUGGACAAAGCGGGCGUGUGCAAGGACAGUGACAGUGCCACGGGGGGAAUUGAAGUGAGGGGACUGAGGAGGAGCGGAGACACUCCUCCUCUCACCACCUGCUCCUCAUGCCUCCAGUGUUACUUUUCAGAGUGCGGUGUUGGGAAGGGAAGCAGAGGACGACUGCGGGGGGGCAGAGGGAGACAGCGCAGACACAAAAGCAGAACAGAGGAUGGAAGAAGAAGAGGAGGAGAGGGAGAAAGAGAGCGAUGUGGUCAGCAGAAGAGGCCCUGUUAUACAAGUGUUUUUGUCGUCCUGUGACGGAUUUAUCCUCUCAGCUGUUGGGUGUAAGGAGGAGAGGAAGCAAAGAUGCCGAAACCGAUCAAUGUCCGUGUUACCACCAUGGAUGCAGAGCUGGAGUUUGCCAUCCAACCGAAUACCACAGGAAAACAGCUCUUUGACCAGGUGGUGAAGACAGUGGGUCUUAGGGAGGUCUGGUUCUUUGGCCUACAGUAUGUGGACAGUAAAGGCUAUAUCACCUGGCUCAAACUCAACAAGAAGGUGACCCAGCAGGACGUGAAGAAAGAGAACCCUCUGCAGUUUAAGUUCAGAGCCAAAUUCUUCCCUGAAGAUGUCUCAGAGGAGCUAAUCCAGGAGAUCACCCAGAGACUCUUCUUCCUCCAGGUGAAGGAGGCGAUCCUGAACGAUGAGAACUACUGUCCUCCAGAGACAGCUGUGUUACUGGCAUCAUACGCUGUCCAGGCCAAGUACGGAGACUACAACAAAGAUGUCCACAAGCCCGGCUACCUUACCCAUGAUAGACUGCUGCCUCAGAGAGUCCUGGAGCAACACAAGCUGACCAAGGAGCAGUGGGAGGACAGGAUACAGACUUGGCACGAAGAACACAGAGGAAUGCUCAGAGAGGACUCGAUGAUGGAGUAUCUAAAAAUCGCCCAGGACCUGGAGAUGUACGGCGUCAACUACUUUGAGAUCAAAAACAAGAAGGGCACACAGCUGUGGCUGGGCGUGGAUGCCCUAGGCCUCAACAUCUAUGAACACGAAGACAAGUUGACACCAAAGAUUGGCUUCCCUUGGAGUGAGAUUAGAAACAUCUCUUUCAAUGACAAGAAGUUUGUCAUUAAACCAAUUGACAAGAAAGCACCUGACUUUGUGUUUUAUGCCCCACGUCUGCGCAUCAACAAGCGUAUCUUGGCAUUGUGUAUGGGCAACCACGAGUUGUACAUGAGGAGGAGAAAGCCCGACACCAUUGAGGUGCAGCAGAUGAAGGCUCAGGCCCGGGAGGAGAAGCACCACAAGCAGAUGGAGAGGGCCCAGCUGGAGAAUGAGAAAAAGAAGCGAGAGCAUGCAGAGAAAGAGAAGGAAAGGAUAGAGCGUGAGAAAGAAGAGCUCAUGGAGAGGCUAAGGCAGAUUGAAGAGCAGACGAUGACAGCUCAGAAAGAGCUUGAGGAACAGACUCGCCGGGCAAUGGAGCUGGAGCAGGAGAGAAAGAGAGCGAGAGAGGAGGCGGAGAGGCUGGAGAGAGAGAGGCAAAUGGCCGAGGAGGCAAAGUCAGAGCUGGCCAAACAGGCUGAAGACCAGCAAAAGAACCAGGAGCAACUGGCUGCUGAACUGGCUGAAUUCACAGCCAAGAUCGCUCUCCUGGAAGACGCCAAAAGGAAGAAAGAAGAUGAGGCCACAGAAUGGCAGCACAAGGCUCUGUCGGCCCAGGAGGACUUGGAGAAGACCAAGGAGGAACUGAAGACUGCAAUGACAGUGGUGCCAGCGCCUCCUGGCGGCCACGCUGAGAGCGAGCAUGACGAGCAGGACGAGAACCACGCAGAAGCCAGUGCCGAGCUGUCCAACGAGGGCGUCAGCCAGCUGGACCUCCGCAGCGAAGAGGAGCGCGUCACUGAAGCCCAGAAGAACGAGAGGGUCAAGCAACAGCUGCAGACAUUAAGUUCAGAGUUGGCCGAGGCCAGAGAUGAAACCAAGAAGACACAGAACGACGUGCUUCACGCCGAGAAUGUUAAAGCAGGCCGAGACAAAUACAAAACGCUGCGCCAGAUCCGACAAGGCAACACGAAGCAGCGCAUCGAUGAAUUUGAGUCCAUGUGAGAACAGCGCCUCUCCCUCCUCGGCCCGCUUUGCCUCAGGAGUACGUGUUUCCGAACUUUCCCCUCAGCGGCCGCUCGAUUUUCAUGGACAACAGAUGCUGCCGUCCUUGUUAUCCCAGUGAGUGCCCCUCAACAAACCCCAAGCAAUCUUGAGAAAUAAUCUUGUCAAACGUUGCCAAAGUCCUGCCCCACAUCUCCACUCCAGUUUGAAAAUUGCUACGAUACAGAGCUGCUUACACGCCACUUUGAACAAGCAAAUAUUGUCAAACUGCAGAGGUCAUCUUUAAUCCACAGGGGAAAAGAGAAACUGUAAAACCAAAAUGGAAGCAAUUGGAUUUUUUUAUUUUGAGCAAACAUGGCCAUAGAAAGCUACUUUUGUUGUGUUUUUUUGUUUGCUUAACGACUUAUAUGCAAAGCUUUAGUAUGAUUCCAUGUCUUCAGUUAAAGUAACCUGUCCUCUCCUUGUUUUUAAGUUCUUUUCCUCUGCUUUUGUUUGACUCGUUUUAUUGAUGAUGCCCUUCUUUUUAGUUGUCUGUCGAACACAAUGAGGAGUUUGGGAAUAAAUGAGGUCAAUAUUUUCAUUCAGUGUCAAAGCGCUGCUAUGUUACAUCAGGUCACAACAUUUCACAUGCUAAAUAUGUUAGAGAGCUGAGCUGAGAUCAUUUCACUCUAUUCAGUCUAUUCAAACUAUUGUUUUAAUUUCACAUUAAUAGGUUUAUAUAAAAUGACACUGCAGUAUUUUAAUAGUUUCAUUUGAGGCUAAAUAUCAAGAAUAGCAACAUUUUCUGAUUUUGAUGAAAAUCCAUCGUGUGAAGUGAAUUGACCCUCGUAGGGAAAAGAGCCACCCAACUUGAACGAAUGUAGCACAGGUAACAAAGGGAAAGUGUUUUACAUGCAGAGGUGAUAGGACAGCAUGUAAUAAGCUUGUGCCACUGAGCUAUCGCCCCUUGAGCUUGAAAGUGUUAUGAAGAUAAGCUAAGAUAAGCGUGUGUGUGUGUGUGUGUGUGUGUGUGUGUGUGUGUGUUUUCGUUUUCCAGUUGCAUCCCAGUGUUUCAUUCCCAGUCACCAUAGAUGGUUUUCUCUGCCUACCAGCUCACAAAGGAGCGCAGGGUAUUAAAUGGACAGACAGAACAGACAGAUUAGUAAUGUGUCCAAGCUGUUUGUCUGUUUGUCCAAAUGUGUGUGUGUGUGUGUGUGUGUGUGUGUGUGUGUGUGUGUGUGUGUGUGUGUGUGUGUGUGUGUGUGUGUGUGUGUGUGUGUGUGUUUGUGUUUGUGUUUGUGAGAGAGAGAGAGAGGGUGUACAUGAGUGUGUGUGGAGGUGUGGAAGCUGAGGCCUGGCACCUUUCUGGCUGGGGAGCUUAUGAAAACAUCAGUCCUCCACCCGGGACAAAUCUCUACCUCAGUAAUGUUAGCAGUGGUGACUGACAGUCAAACACUCAGGGUGUAACCCCCCCCACCCCCACCUCUCGUUUUCCAAAAAAUAAGAUUUUACUUGGUUGCUGUUACAUCUGUUGGCAAUGCUCCUGGGCAGGCUACGUUUGGUCAGAGCUUAGUUGCUUUGUAGCUGUAUGUUGGUCAAGUGAGAUCUAGUUUGGAAAGAGUUUUUUUCUUACAUUUGAAGCUGGUUUUACUUGGUGGUCUCUCCCUCCUCCUGGCCUUGCUCAGAUGUUUCUAUUCAUUCUCAUUUUGUCUGAAAAUAAUCCCAAACAAUGAGGAAGGUGAAUUAAAUAAUGUUGCAGAUAUGAGAAUGGAGAUGUACUAUAAUAUACAGAUCUGACUGGGUCCUGUGAUGUGUUUGGUUUCUUAAGAGCCAUAAGUUGUCGGUGGUAAAAGGCUGGGUCUAUGGAACCAGCUGGACUCUAGACAUCUUAAAAGAAGGCUCUCCUGUAAAAUAAUUCAAAUGGCCUUCAAAGUCUGCACUGAACUUUUCUCUCCUCUUUUACAAUUUCAAUGAAAGGAGACAGUUUGCAGACCUGCAUUGAAUUCUUGAGAUUGAGAGACGUGAAUUCGUAAAGAGAUGAGAUAUUAGUUGUUCUUAAUGUGAAGGGACCUCACUAUUGUGAUUUGUGCAAAUCUCUCCAAAAUAAAAUGGAGAAUCAGCCAAUUUCUUCCCCUAAAAUCAUAUUCUAAAUUCUCAUCAAACAUUGUUUGUGCUCAGACAACAAAUUGACUCUACCUUUUUGUGGGGUGGAAAAUAUGUUCCAGGGUGCAUUUUUGAAAUGAGUGAACAUUAAGUUUUCCUUUUUUUUUUUUUUUUUUUUUAUUAACAAUAUGAUGAAAAAUGUUUAUGGUAUUAUUUGUUACUGCUAUACUUGACAGCUGGUGUAGGUUGACUUUUUUUUUUUUUUUUUUUGAUAGUCAGAGUUUUAAAGUCAAAGCACUUGUAUGAAACAAGACACUGAAGACUGCCUUUUGUGUUUAACUUCACAGUGUCCAUUGUUAGUGUUGUGUUUGCCAUAGCAGGUGAAAAAAAUGAUCCUGUGUUUCCAGCUCAUAUUUUUGUAUUGUGUACAAAGACCGUAAACCAGCAGCAUGCAUCGCUAUACUGGACAGCUUAAUUGGAGGGGAAAACUCACACCACACCCCCAAACCUUCCACAAUCAAACUAUAAGGCUUCAGUUAGACUCAGUCUUUCUUCACAGCAGAAUGUUAUUAGCCUGCCUGUCCCCUCCAAUGAAGCCAGCGUCUGUGAUGAUGUCUGCUCUGGCACCAGCUGUCAUGUUUCGCUGUUUGUUUUUUUUUCUUUUCUGUUGUUUUUUUUUCUCCCCUUAUGUUCAUGAUAGUAUUCUUUAAGAUAGAAGGCACAGAUGGAUUGCGGUCCAUUUCAUUGGUUCACAAAUAAAAGUUUUAAAUUUUGA